CUUUCACCUUCAAAAUCAACCCCAUCAGAAGUGGGAGGAAGAUUCUGAGUAAUCAAUCGGUGACGGCAAUAGUUCACCUCACCUUUUGACAUCGACAUGCGACUACACCGUGGAUCCUCCGAUGCCACACGCUUUCGAUUCGAAUUUUAAAAUCAGUCCAGUGGAAAGCUUCACCGUGGCCGGCUGCAAAAAUUCCGUCUCCUCGGUACCACCGCUCGCACCUUGAAGUCUAGUCCGCCGACUUGGUUUCACCUCAUUCGUUAGUUAGUUUUCAUUUUUAUUAUUUGCAAUUUUAGUUGUGGGUGAUCAUCAUAUAUUUUGGUGGUACCAGAUUGUUCAAGAAGCAAGUGGGAAAUCGAGGUCGCAUCGGCAAAUCAUGAAUCACGCCGGAUCCGGACCAUAGAAUUUUGUGACUUAGUGCCCGUUUCCGAAAAUUUCGAUCAUGUCUGGAAAUAGGGAGAACGGCAGUCAAGUUACGUUGACCAAUUACAUGUCUGGCGACAUCCACAAUGAGGAUAGACACGCGAAUCCUGCCUACACUGAGGACAAAGACGAAAAGAUGGGUGAGAAGACGAAUAAUGGUAAUCUAGAAAAUACCACAGUAUUAUACUUCCCAGAAGACAAAUACCCUCGAAACCGACAACCCGCUUACAUACCGAAACCGACGGUCAAAGAAUGGAUAAAAGAUCGUGCGAGACGUGGCUGCACCAAAAAGCUUCUUUACAAAAGAGUUCCUAUUCUAUCGUGGCUGCCCCUUUACAAAACCGAUUACAUCGCCUCAGAUUUGGUGGCGGGAAUCACCGUUGGACUAACCGUCAUUCCUCAAGGAAUCGCCUAUGCUUCCGUCGCUGGUUUAGCACCACAAGUAGGGUUGUAUUCAGCGUUUAUGGCCUGUUUUGUUUACACCAUAUUCGGUAGCUGCAAGGAUGCUCCGAUCGGUCCUACUGCAAUUGCUGCUCUGCUCACUAGAGAGAACAUUCAUAAUUUAGGGUUGGAUGGAGCUGUUCUGCUUUGUUUUCUUAGUGGCUGUGUUGAGUUCCUCAUGGGAGUACUUCAACUAGGUUUCUUGAUAGAUUUUAUUUCUGGACCGGUUUCGAUUGGUUUCACGUCCGCAGCUGCCAUUAUCAUUGCCACCACUCAGGUUAAGGAUAUUUUAGGAUUGGAGAGGCCUGGUAGUGAAUUCCUGCUAGUUUGGGAACAGAUAUUCCAAUAUAUUUCUGAAACCAGACCUUGGGAUUGUAUACUAGGACUAUCAUCUAUUGUUAUCAUCCUUAUUCUCAGGAAAAUGAAGGAUAUUCAAGUUGGACCGCCAGGUGUUGAAAAGACACCUGUCCAAAGCUUCUUAACUAAAUCCAUUUGGCUUUUCUGUACAGCCAGGAACAUAAUCGUAGUAAUAGUGUCCGCUUGCCUUGCUUAUUAUUUCGAACGAAUAGGUGAAAAACCCUUCCGAUUAAUUGCUGAAGUUAAAUCGGGACUGCCAUCAUUUAGUCCACCACCAUUUUCAACAACUGUAGGAAACACCACCUACAGUUUCGCCGAAAUGACUUCAACUCUCGGAGGAGGAAUUUUAAUCGUUCCAUUGUUGUCAAUACUGGAAAACAUAUCAUUGGCCAAAGUGUUCUCGGAAGGCAAAAGCGUCGAUGCGACUCAAGAAAUGAUCGCUCUGGGAUUGUGCAACAUCGCCUCCUCUUUCGUCUCAUCAAUACCCGUAACGGGCGGGUUGUCAAGAGGAGCCGUUAACAACGCGAGCGGUGUAAAAACAACUUUUGGGGGCACUUACACUGGUAUCAUUGUAAUCCUUGCCUUGGUACUCCUUACUCCUUACUUCUCAUACAUUCCUAAAGCUUCUCUUGCUGGCGUUAUCAUUGCUGCUGUUGUGUUUAUGGUGGAGUUGCACGUUAUGAGGCCUAUUUGGAAGACUAAAAAAACUGAUUUAAUACCAGCAGUGGCGACAUUCCUGACUUGUUUGUUCCUGAGACUGGAGAUUGGCAUUCUCAUUGGUGUCGGUAUUAAUGUUUUGUUCCUACUUUAUGCCACUGCAAGACCUUCUGUCCAUGUGGAAAAAUACACGACGUCAGCUGGCUGUGAUUAUUUAAUGGUAACUCCUGACAGAAGUCUAACGUUCCCUUCAGUGGAAUAUGUUAAAUCUAUGGUUUCUAAAGUUGGUUUGAAACAAGGCUCCAGUUCAAUCCCAGUUGUGAUCGACGCAAAACACAUUCAAGGUGCCGAUUUUACCGCUGCAAAGGGCAUUAAAUCCUUAAUAGAAGACUUCCACAAAAGGAAACAGCCGAUCCUCUUCUUCAAUCUGAAACAAAGUGUGAUUUGCGUAUUUCAAGGAGUCCAACCGAAAGACUUCAUUUACUGCGACACUUUUGCCGAGCUCAAUGAUUUACUUAAGCAGUAUGGAGAUAGGCAGAAUGUCAAUUCGGUUUAAUCGAAAUUGUGAUACAGUGCUAGUUAAUUUUGAUCGUUUAUUUUUUCACUUACUGCCUCCAAGGAUCGUUGGUGGACGAAAGAACUGGUGAUUCCGUGAUGUGAGGUCACGUUUUCGUUGAAUAAAAAGUAUUAUUUUCAUUAUUGUUAGGCAUUAGGUUUAAUAUUUAUUGUACUUAAUUGUACGAUACUUAAAUAUUGUAUAGUUUAGUAUAUUUUGUAGAUAGUGUACAGAAAUUUUGUGCAAAAUAGAUUAUAGAUUUAUCAAUUUAUUUUGUCAGUCUCAUACCUCAGAUUAUGAUCAUUAAACUAUAUUUAUAAGAAUUCAAUUGUGAUGUUUUAAUAAACGAAUAAACAUUUAA